GGAGCUUUCGGUCGCUCGGGAGACGGAGGGCUUUCCCUGGAUGGUUGCAGCGGAGCGAUCAUGACGGGGAAGAAGUCUUCCCGGGAGAAGCGGCGCAGGCGUAGCGGCCAGGAGGUGGCCGCGACCGUGGCGGCCCCUGAGCCCGUCCCCGCCGUGGGCGGCAGCGGCAGCGGCAGCACGAGCGGCUGCGGGAGCACGAGCGGCUGCGGGAGCGUCAGCUGCUGCGGGAACGCCAGCCUCACGGGCAGUGUGACCGGCGGGGGCAGCGGGGGCAGCAGCUGGGGGAGCCGCAAGCGGAGGAGCACGGACUCGUCGUCCGGCGUCUCGGGCUCCCUGCAGCAGCUGCUUUCUAAAUCAAUUGAAGUAUGGAGAGAAAGAGUAAAGGAUGCUGAACAAGAAACCAAAUAUCUUUUGCCAACUUUGGAAAAUGAAUUGCUGUUGGCAGAGCAUAGUGACCUUGAAGAAGGUGGACUAGACCUGACUGUGUCAUUGAAACCCGUUAGCUUCUACAUCUCUGACAAAAAAGAGAUGCUACAGCAAUGCUUUUGCAUUAUAGGAGAGAAGAAAUUGAAGAAGAUGCUUCCUGAAGUGUUAAAGAACUGUUCAAUAGAAGAAAUUAAAAAACUGUGCCAGGAACAGUUAGAGCUGCUGUCUGAAAAAAAAAUCCUGAAGAUUCUUGAAGGUGAGUCUGGUGUGGACUCUGACAUGGAACAGGAGGCACCUGAUGACUCUAAGCUGGGAUCUGAUUUAGCCAGCCAGCAAGACAACUGUGUAGAUUGCACAUCAUCCCUGAGAGAAAACAAGCCACCCGAGGGUUUGGAAUUAAAACAAGGCAAAGGGGAAGAUAGUGAUGUACUCAGUAUAAAUGCAGAUGCUUAUGACAGCGACAUAGAAGGCCCCUGCAACGAAGAAGCAGCUGCUCCUGAAACCUCAGAAAAUACAGUCCAAAGUGAUGCUGGUCAGAUAGAUGAUCUGCAGAAAGACAUUGAAAAAAGUGUGAAUGAGAUUCUGGGACUGGCUGGGUCAAGCCCAAAGGAACCAAAAGCAGCCACCCUGACUGUCCCUCCGCCAGAAGAUGUUCAGCCUUCUGCACAGCAACUGGAGCUGCUAGAACUUGAGAUGAGGGCAAGAGCAAUUAAGGCCCUCAUGAAAGCUGGGGAUGUAAAAAGCCAGCCUAGAUACUGAACUGCACUUUGAAUUUUGAGUGUGUUUGAAUGAAGCUAUGCCAUACAAUUUUGUAUCUGAAGUUUUAUUUGGAUCCUAUGUGGUAUUUCUCAUGUGACCCUCAUUAGGUAAACUCAUCACAGGCCUGAUGUUAUCCAUGGUUAACUUUCAUUGGUUACUUUUGUAUUAUAGACACAUUACUAUUUUUGAAUUCAUGGUAAAAAUAGAUGGGUAGCCUGGAUGCUUUGUUAGGUUUUUCGCUGUGUCUGCCAAUUAAUACUUUAUAAACCAUUAGCAAAGAGUCAUGCUUUUUUUUUCCUAUUACUUUCAAUAUUUUGGCACCAAACCUAGGAGCUGAAGAGAGAUCGACAAGGCAUGUUUCUCUACCUAUAUUUUGCAGUGGAAUAUUAAAUUAUUGCUCCCACAUUUAGCAGUUUAAGAAAUUUAUUUUUUUAUUUAUAUUUGCCUUUAAAAUAUGAACUGUUUUGAAGAUGUCUCCUGUGGAUGAGUAUUUCUUAAGUUAAAACUGAAUCACAGUUUUGGUUAAAAGGCUACACCACCUGAAAUGACUUAGAAAAACUUUUUUAUAAAGGGAAGAAUGAAUUAAUUUAAGGCAAUUUUUAGCAGUGCAGAAUUAAUUGUCCAUGUGCAGUCCUAGCAGACAGACCAUUCUAAUGGGUAUUUGAUACUCUUGGACAUUUUGUUCACGUUUUUUCUUCAAUAAAAAGGAACAAAUUUUCCUUUACAUUCCAAGCUACCAGAAAAGGAGAAACUUCUAUCAUGUAAGAUUUUAUCUGAUACUGUUACUUGAAGAUCUGAUGCGCUUUAUUCCAUGAACCAAAAGUAAUAAAAGACUGUUGUCUGAA